AUGGACUUCUCCCUCCAAAACCACGCGUCCUUCAUCGGCCGUCCGGCCUCAGACCUCCCUACCCCAUCAUUUAUUCUCAGCAAACCAGUUCUGGAAAGAAAUAUUCAGCGACUACAUGAAGAUGUUAAGAACUUGAAUAUUUCGUUCAGACCGCAUGUCAAGACGCUCAAGUCAAUUGAAGUUACCAGAACGAUGCUCGGUAAUGGACUUCAUCGUCGAAUUGUCGCAUCGACAUUGUGUGAAAUCAGAGGUGCUCUUCCGUUAGUCAAGGAGGGGAUACUAGAUGAGUGUCUCUACGGCCUCCCCAUCUACCCCAGCGCCCUCCCCCACCUCGUCCAAAUAUCCCAAUCCCUCAAAAUCCUCCUCAUGGUUGACAACGAACAACAAAUCCAAGCCCUCGAAGACUUCGCCGCUUCCAGCCCCUCCAUUCCCCACUGGGAAGUCUUCGUCAAAGUCGACGUAGGAUCCCACAGAGCCGGAAUGGAGAAUUCUUCGCCUGCGCUCCCGAAGCUCGUUCAGCGUAUCGAGGCCUCGCCUGCUGCGUCUGUUUAUGGGUUCUAUUGUCACGCGGGCCACUCGUAUGGGUGUCGGACGAGGGAGGCGGCGGAGGGUGUACUGAAGGCUGAAGUUGAGGGUGUUAUUAAGGCUUCUGAGAAUUUGUCGAGAAGGGAGGGGCGGAAGGUGGUUGUUUCUGUUGGUUCGACUCCUACGGCUCAUGUGGUUGAUUCGUUGAGGGAUGGGAUUCCGACGGAUAUGGAGGUGGAGUUGCAUGCUGGAAACUUCCCCACAAAUGAUAUCCAGCAAGUCUGCACAGGGUUGGUCACCAACAAGCAACAGGCGAUUCGCAUCCUUGCCGAAGUCUGCAGUGUCUAUCCGGAGCGGAAUGAGGCACUUGUAAACGCGGGCACCGUCGCUCUGUCCAAAGAAACGAGUACAUCAUCUGGUUUUGGGGCUACACCAGAGUUCCCGGGGUGGGCGGUUGUUCGCAUGGCGCAAGAGCAUGGCAUCCUCGGAGUGGAUAAUUCAGCAGCGGGUACAAAGGUAGAAGAGACCUUCCGGGUGGGACAGAAAGUGAUGUUGUAUUGCCAACAUGCUUGUAUUACAGCUGCGGCACAUCAUGUUUAUUAUGUGGUGGAUGAGAAUGACACGGUGAGGGAGACUUGGGUCCCGUGGAAGGGAUGGUAAACCCCCGUCAAGCAUCAUGAGAUAAGGCGAUAUAGUAUGACU